ACCUGAUGACAAAGAAAAUGAGGGUAAGGAGCCCCUAUAAAAUGGCCAGUAGUGGACAGCCAGGCCACCAGAGCUGUGGACCCACAGUAGAGAGGGAGCCUCAUUGCCACCAUGAGCUUCACCGGCAAGUACCAACUGCAGAGACAGGAAAACUUUGAGGCCUUCAUGAAAGCAGCGGGGCUGCCAGAGGACCUCAUCCAGAAGGGGAAAGACGCCAAGGGGAUGAUCGAAAUCGUGCAGAAUGGGAAGCACUUCAAGUUCACCAUCACUUCUGGGUCCAAAGUGAUACACAAUGAUUUCACCUUGGGCGAGGAGGGUGAGAUGGAAAGCAUAACUGGAGAGAAGGUCAAGGCUGUGGUUAACAUGGAAGGAGACAACAAGCUGGUGACAACUUCCAAAAAUGUCAAGGCCAUGAUUGAACUCAAUGGGGACACCCUGACCAGCACCUUCCAAAUGGGUGACAUAACUCUCAAGAGAAUCAGCAAGAGAGUUUAGACAAGUCUGCAUUUCACAUUCUUUGCUGUUGAAAUUAAUGUAAUGAAGUAAACUCUAUUUUAAGAAACUA